GAGCGCUGGGGGCGCCCCGGGGCGGCGGUGGCGGCCGCGCCCGUCGCCGAGGAGCCCCGGGAGGCGGCGCGGCUGGCCGCGGCCAUGGAGGAGCUGCGGCGCGCAGGAUGGUACUGGGGCAGCAUGAGUGUUGCUGAAGCCAAGGAGAGGUUACAGGAUGCCCCCGAAGGGACUUUCUUGGUUCGGGACAGCUCGCAUUCAGAGUACCUGCUGACUAUUUCGGUAAAAACAUCAGCGGGACCGACCAACCUACGCAUCGAGUACCAGGACGGCAAGUUUCGGCUGGACUCCAUCACCUGCGUCAGGUCCCGACUGAAGCAGUUCAACAGCGUGGUGCAUCUGAUCGAGUACUACGUGCUUAUGUGCAAGGACAGAACCGAAACGCCCUCGAACGGGACGGUUCAUCUUUACUUGAACAAGCCUCUCUACACGACAGCUCCAUCCCUGCAACACCGCUGCCGGAUAACGAUAAACAAGUGCACAAAUCAGAUCUGGGAGCUGCCCUUGCCAACCAGACUAAAAGAGUACUUGAAAGAGUACCGGUACCAGGUAUAGCUAUCUUUUCUCAAUGCCUCCAUCGUAGAGUAACUUUUAAAUGCAAUUCUUAAAAUCAGCCAAAGAACUGAGUAACCAGUUGCACGGCUCAGCAUGGAAUUCACUAUCAAAACAGUGGCAGUUCUGGGGAAAGGCUUUUAUUUCAGAUGCCACAAAGGGAGACUUUAUGUAGGAUAAUCCCAGCCUGCAUCCUCGGGGAUGUCCUUGCGAGAGGCGAGAAGCCAGGAACCCCUCCGGAUCGUGUUUCUUUGUCGAUGGCAUAAAAGUUGCACUAACUGCAAAGUGCUAACUGGAACGGUGGGACGGGGAGAGACCACAAAAGUGGUCAAAGACGUACGAGAGCGCAGAAGUUGUCAGUGGUCUGAUUCCGAGAUUCAUUUGGUGCUGGUGUUCAUAUAAUCCUGAGAGCUUAACUGGAUCACACUGUGAUAAUCUUGCCAAAGUUAUGCAACUAAUCAAAUCCAGUCAAAAAAGCGAUCAUCCAUUCAGUUUUUAUUGAACUCUAAUUUCUGUGCUUUUCUGCAAGGAAAGGGGAACUGAAAGCAAUCACUUUAAAACAUUGUUUUUCAAAGUUCUCUAAAAGCUGAUAUUAAGGAGAAAUGCCACAUCUUUCAUAGGAACCCAGUAUGUUGCUGAUUAUACCAGAUUGGUAUCCCAGAAUCUUUGUUAACAUGUUAACAUCUUCCCGGUGGUGAUAUAUCCAUGCUAUUACUGCUAAGCCUCUUUUGGCUGAGGCUUUAGGACUCCACGCUGCAGAACUGCAGUCACUCGGUUCCGAUGUCAAAGCAUGGAUAUCAGCAGUUACGGCUGUCUUCUACAGUGUAGAAUGUUUUCUUCAGCUUCUUUCCCAAAAUAUGGGGAAAUCUGGAUUAAUUUUUUUUGAGGAGAUUGGUUUUUUGUGUUUUUUUUUUCUUCUUCUUCUUCUUCUUCUAAUUCACCAUUGUAGCUAUCAGACUAUUACUCAAUAAAAGCAAUCAGAUUGCACACCUA